AUGAACGGGGUCCUGAUCCCUCAUACGCCCAUCGCCGUGGACUUUUGGAGCCUGCGCCGGGCUAGCUCCGCCCGGCUUUUCUUCUUGUCCCACAUGCACUCGGACCACACCGUGGGUCUGUCUAGCACCUGGACCCGGCCGGUCUAUUGCUCCCCAAUCACUGCUUACCUCUUGCAUCGUCACCUACAGGUGUCUAAGCAGUGGAUCCGAGCCCUGGAGAUUGGUGAGAGCCAUGUCCUGCCUCUAGAUGAAAUUGGACGUGAGACCAUGACUGUAACCCUUAUUGAUGCCAAUCACUGCCCUGGCUCCGUUAUGUUUCUCUUUGAAGGAUACUUUGGAACCAUCCUCUACACAGGUGAUUUUCGGUACACACCAUCCAUGCUAAAGGAGCCAGCUCUGAGGCAGGGGAAACAGAUCCACACCUUAUACCUAGACAAUACCAAUUGCAAUCCAGCCCUGGUUCUUCCUUCCCAACAAGAAGCUACCCGCCAGAUUAUUGAGCUCAUUCGAAAGUACCCACUACAUAACAUAAAAAUUGGACUCUAUAGCCUGGGGAAAGAGUCACUGCUGGAGCAGCUGGCCCUGGAGUUUCAGACUUGGGUGGUUUUGAGUCCCCGGCGCCUGGAGUUGGUGCAGCUGCUGGGCCUGGCAGAUGUGUUCACGGUGGAGGAGAAGGCUGGCCGCAUCCAUGCCGUGGACCAUAUGGAAAUCUGCUAUUCUGCCAUGCUGCGCUGGAACCAGACCCACCCCACCAUUGCUAUCCUCCCCACCAGUCGGAAAAUCUACCGCUCCCACCCCAAUAUCCACAUCAUCCCUUACUCUGACCAUUCCUCCUACUCUGAGCUGCGUGCCUUUGUCACGGCACUGAAGCCUUGCCAGGUGGUGCCCAUUGUCAGUCGACAACCCUGUAGGGACUACUUUCAGGACAGCCUGAGCCCCAGGCUCUCCGUGCCCCUAAUUCCAGACUCUGUGCAGCAGUACAUGAGUUCCUCCUCUAGAAAACCAAGUUGUCUCUGGCUGUUGUUAGAAAGGAAGCUAAGGAAACUGAGAACCCAGGGUGUCAUGUUUGAAUCACUUGAGGAAAAUGCAGACCACUCUCAAGCUGACCCGGACUCAAAAAAGACCAAGAAUGAGAACCUUUCUGGGGACCUUGCAAAGCAGCGCUCCCACCAUCCUUUGCAGAUCAAGAAACAGUGGUUCCCAGACGUCUGCAGCAAAGAAUGGGAGGGGGCAGUCCCUUCCACUGAGUCCCAGAAGACGGGGACUGUAUUGACUGCCCCUUCGGGGUUUUCAGUGCACUUAAGGUCUAAAGAUGAGGAAUUUCUCUCCCUGGAAACUGGAGAGGAAAUCGGUGGAGGGCCCUACUUGAUAGGCAAGGAAGACAAUGAGGACUCAACAGCCACAGGGAACCAGAGAGCCUGGAUGGACCAGGAUUCUUCCCUGUCUCAUAGCAGCAAGGCUGCCUCUCUUCUGGCUCCCGAGGUCAGGGGCCUGGCACUAAAAUACCUUCUGACUCCAGUGAAAUUUCUCCAGGCAGGGUUCUCUUCCAGGGGCUUUGACCAGCAAGCAGAAAAAUACCAUAAACUCUUGCCUCAGUACCGACAGGAGAGUAUGCAAUGACACCUUGUUUGGUCCGACACCAGUUUUGAAGAUAGUGGCUGAUAGCUUAUUUGGAGCCUUACUUUUCUGUGUUGGCAGGAUUCUUAUGGGCUCACCCUGUAACAAGAGUUCUCAAAACGUGUUCAUUGGACUCUUAAUGCCUAUGGAAUCCUUAUAAUUUUAUAAAAUUAUAGUUUUAUAAUUGAGUAUAUUUAAGAAGCACUUUUUUUUCCACUUUUCAUUAUAACCUCUUUAUAGGAUUUCUGAGCAUAUUGCUCUGUGCAUUGCAAAGCUGCUUCAAGGAUGUGACCUUCCUCUAAAAGUAUAUAACUUGAGGGGCCUGCCUCCUGUAUUGUAUUCUUUCUUCUAUUUUGAAAUGGUUUGUAUUACUUGAAGAAAAAAAGAAAGAGGUACUUUUAAAGUUUCUGAGAAGUCGUGCAGUAACUUAAUCUGUUUAACUUUGUUUACUCCAGAAUUUCUCCACACUUUUUGGACAUGCAGUCUUCUGUGACUGCAGAAAGAGAAAAAGUCUGAUCAAAAAGGACCAGGUUAUUCCCUUUGCUGUUUUGUGUGUUGUGAGCCAUUCCCAAUGGCCCCUUCUAUCUCUUUCUAGAUAAAAGUCCCUAGAUAGUUCUGUCUUUCAGUUUAGGAGCUGUGGGGCUGGAGGACAAAAUGGUGACCCAGGCAGCACAUUCCAAUCCUGAAGGUCACUGACUUGCUGUGACAGCAUCGAAGUCACUUCCUUUCUCUGCGUCUGAGAGGGAACAGGAAGUGAUGAUCCUUGGAACAGUGGAGAACACCUCUGCCUCCAUGACAGUUUGCAGUUUGUGUCCCUGGGGACCUCCCUGGCACAGAGCCAGCUGGGGGAUUGGGCACCCCCCCCCCCGCCAGGGCAGUACCUGGAACCCAGCCGAACAUUAGGCUUAGGGUACGAUGGGCCCCCCAGACGCCGGAAGGCCCCAUUUGGCUGCAGUAAGGUUACAAAAGAUCAAAUGUGCUGCCAGAUAGUCCUGAUUGUUCACAUAGCUGGGAUAUUUGCUGCCCUCCCCCCUGCCCCAGUAUCCUCCCCUCCACCCCUGGGUUGAGUAGGGAGCCAGAGGACACAGCCUGUUUGUUUUAGUAUCCAGGGCAGAGACCAAGGAGCCAGCUGGUGGAAGGGGUGGGGGUGUGCAGUGCUGCCCUGUCCUUCUGCUCGCAGCCUGACAAGAUGCCAGACCAAUAAGCAGGACAGCAGAUAUCACAGUCUCAGAGACAGGGCACAGGCAUGCAGAGCCCGGCACAUGGAUAAAAACUGUUUCAGAAGGGAGCCUCAAGCCUUUACAAUGAAGAAGCCUCUGUUUCUUGUCCAGGAAAAAAAAAAAAAAACGAACUCCACUUCUGAAGAUAUGAAGAGUUUAGAAAGCAAAAUAA